AUGGCUGCCAGUGAAACCGAGACCACUCAGACCGGCUCCAUGGCCGAGUCUAUCGCCGCUUCCACCAGGGUUUUGCAUGCGAGGCUUAAUAGGCUCAUCAUGGCUCGCCUCCAGCUGGCCUUGCCUCCGCGGAUAGCUGAUCCUUCCCUGUACAUAUCAGGAUUAUUCCAUAUUGCACCGAUCUAUAUCACCUUCGAGACUCUAUGGGAAAGCAUCCUCGAAUCUCCACCCAAGGUGGCCCAGUCUGGGUUGCUCAUCCGUGGAACCGACCCGUUCAUACAUGCCACGGACAGUGAAGACAAGCCGCCUUCGCGGACUAGGAGGUCAAAACUACACCAUGAGCUUCACUCGGCGCUGCAGACAUUACGCCUCCCAGGGCUUAUGCGAUCGUCCAAGCUCAAAGAGGACUUAGGGGCGUUAACGGGAUGGCCAGAACAAGUGGUCCAGGAGCAGCUCAAUGUGAUCAGUGAGAGUGGACACCUUGCUCAUUUUCUUGACCAUAUGCGACGUUCGAUCAAUAGCAGGCCGCACGUUCUUAUCGCAUAUGCCUACAUCUUCUUCAUGGCUUUAUUUGCCGGUGGGCGCUUUAUUCGGGCGUCUCUCGAGUCGGUUGGUCACGCAUUCUGGGACCAGUGUCCGUCCCCAAUCAGGCCAAACAUGAUGGCGUGCGAGAAAGACAGACGUGACUCUGCUGAGUCGCUAGAUGCUUUGGAAACGAGUCGCGAUGAGAGGUUCCGCGGGCUUCUCGAAUCUCAUGGGUUUCCGUUGGGAUUCUUCCAUUUUUCCACUCCAAUGGACGGGGAGGAUUUGAAACGAGAGUUUAAGAAGCGGCUCUCCGGAUCAGAGACCGUUUCAACAGCCCAGGAGAAAGAUGAUAUCGUGAAAGAAUCGGUUUGCAUAUUCGAGAACAUGAUUCUACUCGUUCGUCAAUUGGAUGAGGUCUGCGAGGUACCUGGCCAGGAUACGGCUGAUGAUAUGAUGGCUCGACUUCGAGACAGCGUUUCAGUGACAAGAGAAAGAAGAGAUUUACGGAACAGCACGAGAAGGAGCGACAAUAGCAUCUGUAGCGUGGUCAGAUCACAAGGCAGACCUAACCUUGCAAAGUCGGCCUCGGAGAACGAUUCAGACGUGGUACACGAUGACUAUGUUGCCCCCUUCCAUCCACGAGUGGCCGGGUUUGCUGGAAAUGGACUUUGUCCUGGACUGCCCAAAUCUAUGAGGUUUGACCAGACCCUCCCUAAGCCCAACCGCCACCAUCCUCUCAACGAGGAGCUAGCCGAGUUCUCAAAAAACGCCUCGAUGGCAAGAUACGGCCGCAACGUUGUAAGCUGCAUACUUUUCGUGGCCUUUGGCAUUAUGUUUGCCGGAGCUCUCGUAACCGGACAAAAGGGGUUGUUAGCUUGGUGA